UGGGCAGAGCGCAGAGUCUCUUUAUUGCUGGCCAUCCGCUGACGCGCACGCCACACGCUCAGAAGCACACAGACGCGCGCGCAGACACACGCACACAUCGACGCAGUGAACGGACAUGGGAGACAUCCAGAUCAUCGUCGGAGAGAAAGAUGCGACGAGGGUCCCGCCGUACUCAUCGCAGGAAGGGAUUGACGAACUGAUCAGAAAAUCACUUGAGGCCAAAGAGUUCGCUUACUGUCCCUACAGCAAAUUCAGGGUUGGUGCAGCUUUGCUGACCCACGACGGGACAAUUUUCACAGGUUGCAAUGUGGAAAAUGCCUGCUACAACCUGGGCAUUUGUGCUGAGAGGACUGCCAUUUCAAAAGCUGUUUCAGAAGGAUUCCGGACAUUCAAGGCUAUAGCUAUCUCUAGUGAUCUAAAUGAACAGUUCAUAUCUCCUUGUGGUGGUUGCAGACAGUUCAUGAGAGAGUUUGGCACCCAGUGGGAGGUCUUCCUGUCCAAGCCAGACGGAUCUUACGUGGAGAUGAGCGUGGAAGAGCUGCUGCCCGUCUCCUUCGGCCCAGAAGACUUGAAGAGUAAAAAACUGUUCGCCAUGCAGAAUGACUAUUGAUCGGAGACGACAAAUCGAAAGGAGACCGUUUGAUGCCAGUACAGAAUUAAUCCGCGGCUGGAGCUUUUUUUUUUUUCUGGCCGCUGGUAGAUUCAUGAUCGUUCACACUACAGUAGUGUUGGGAAAGUGAUCAUUAGAUAUUGUUAAUAUUUAUUAAGGUAUAUGAGGAAUUCACCAGUACACAGGUGUAUAGCAAGAGGUAUGAUUGUGUGCAUAGAAAUGUAAACAUUUUAAUUUUGCAUUGCUGUAUUUCCAGUUGUAAAGCGAAUGCACUGUAAAUAAACAAUUUGUGGUUGUGAUAGGAAUUUUAUUAUAUAACCCAAGGAAGGGUGUAAGUAGUAUUGAUGGACCUGUAGUGGAUAGUCUUUACUCUAAACCAACUAUUAAAUGACUCAAAUGCAUCCUCUUAUCCUUUAUACUUACCACAGGAGAAACGCAAGGGCCGUAUUUUUAAUUGCAGUAGAAUUUAAUUAUUUUAAAGAAACUUCUGCCACAGUUCUGUUUGCCUGAAAGUGCACAGUAUGUACAGGACAUGUUUGAUGGCAAACAAAAAAAUCCCACCAUCAAUUUGAAUAAAGCAUGGGAACCAGUUGCAAGAAAAAUUUGA